AUGGCGACGGCGUCGCCGACGACCACCACGACGUCGUUUCUCUCGCCGAUACAGAGGUACGCCUCCGCCGCAUUGUUCGGACUAUCCCUUCAUGGAUCCCAAGUCAAUCAGACUCGGAUUCUACCCUUACCAGUUUCAGAUGACUCCAUCUCCAACACCAACCGAAUCAGUAGCAGUAGCUCUAGCAGUGCUGAUUCUGUUUCCGAUGAUCCUGAUCUUUGGGUUCACCAUCGUUCCGGUUUACUUCAACCAGUUUUCAAAUUUCUAGAUAUUGAUUCUUCCGCGUGGUAUGGAUUAGAGGAAACCGCUGGUUCUUCUUCUGCUACUCGUCAUGUUGGACCAUUUAUGAGACUGCUUUCCCAAGAAUUUGAUGAGGGUUCUGCGGAAUCUUCUCAAAGGCUAGACCAAGAGCUUGCAUUGUCAAAAGCUGUUGAUUCUAUAGUACUUGAGUUGGAAAAGAGUUUGCAGACUUCCAAUUCUAAAAGAGAUAGGCUUAAUGAGUACGAGCAUCGGUGUCGCGAAAAGUUUCCGGCUACUGAUGUUCAUUCUAAUUCUGAAAAGAUUGAUGUAAACUUUGAAACUCAGAAUGAGACUGAUGAUGCCCCUUUAAUCAACUUUGAAGACAUGGACCAGGGGUCUAGUAAUAGUAAAGUUGAUGAGAAACCAAUUGAAGAAGUGAUGAUGCUUAGUGAUCAGAGGAAAGUGGCGGUUCUCUAUGAACUUUCAUCUGCUGUCUAG